GAAACAGUUUCAUCGAUCAAUCAAAUCAGACAACCAUCAACAAGAUUUCUUUAGCAAUUUUUAAACCAAAACCAAAACGUAUAAAUAUAAAACCAAAACUCGACACAAAAUAAACACAAACCAACAAGAUGAGUGAACGUAUGCUACAAGACGACUUCACAUUAGUUCGUUAUGAAAACCCAGUUUUACUUACAAGACAUGCCGAACCUGAAAAGAGUGGAGAUGCUAGUGCAGGUGAUGCAAAACCAAAAACAGCCGCACCAACGGCAGAUGUUCGUCGUGAAACCGAAGAAGUUCUUAACACAAUUCUCCCACCGAAAGAAUGGGAAGAAGGCGGUCAAGUAUGGCGUCAACAAGUUUCAACAAUCCCCGCGACUCGUUUAGAUGUUGUAAACCUCCAAGAACAACUCGAUAUGAAACUACAACAACGCCAAGCUCGCGAAACGGGAAUUUGUCCGAUUCGAAGAGAACUUUAUACUCAAUGUUUCGAUGAAAUUAUUCGACAAGUAACGAUAAACUGCGCAGAAAGGGGAUUGUUAUUGUUAAGAAUUCGCGAUGAAAUGCGAAUGACGAUCGAAGCUUAUCAAGCUUUAUAUUGUAGUAGUAUUGCUUUUGGAAUGAGGAAAGCUUUGCAAUCCGAACAAGGGAAAUCCGAUUUGGAACAUGACGUCGAUAUUUUAAAAUUAGAAAAAGUCGAUUUGGAGAAGCAGUUGACCGAUUUAAGACAAAGAGCCGAACAAGCUGAUCGAAGAUCGGCUGAAUUAAGAGCGGCCGAAGAAAAGAAACAUGCCGAGGAAAUUGGUUUUUUGAAAAAGACAAAUCAACAAUUAAAGGCUCAAUUAGAAGGAAUUAUUGCUCCAAAGAAGUAAUAGGAUUAAUGAUUAUUAGGCGUGAUAAUAAUAAAAGGAAACGAUAUUAUUAUUAUUUCUUUUAUACAAUAAAUGUUGAUGUAUAUUUAU